AUGUUUAUAAGUAUUUUAUUAUUUUAUGUGGAAUGCUGCUUCUCAUAGAGUAUUACACUUAUCGACUAAUUUUCUAACUCUUGGGUGAUAUAUAGUUUAGAAUCGUCUUACAAUGAUUCAUUUCAUUGGUAAUAUACAUCAUGUUGCACACCGCCUCGUUUAUAAAUGAUUAAUGCCACCUCAAAUUCGAAUUAUGAAAAUUCACUAUAAAUAAUCCUCAAUGGAUAUAAUAUUUAUAACAAUUAGUUUUCAGUUGCAGCCCUAGGAUUCAAGUAAGAUAUUAAUUACCAAAUUUAUAAUGAGACAAAUGUUGUUAUAAUUAAUAAGUGUUCUCAGCAGAAUGAAGGCAUUAAUACAAUAAAUUCAGGAAUGAUGCAAUUUUAAAUAGAAGUAAUACAUCCUCUGUCCGCAUAAUAGCAGACUCUGAUAUUUUAAUAUUGGUUUGUUUGUUAAUACCAAGCAUUUAAUGAUCCAUCAUAAAUAAAAAUCAAUUUCGAUGGAUCAAUGGUAAUAAUUAUAGUAUUUGGAUGUUUUUGCGUUUGGAUCUUUACAAAGAUGGCCAAAAUUAGAUCUCUAAGAGUAGAAAUGAAUCUAUAGAAACAUCCCUUUUUAAAUAGACUAAUUGCAGUUUAGAGUUUCUAAAUGGAAGGUCAAGUGCUUUACUUCUAGGGAUUCAAAGUAAAUUCGAUAUUAUACCUAUUUUAUAUUGUGGCAUCCAUACUAUUUUAUGUUGUUGUCCAUUUUAUAAAUGCUUGGUAUGAAACAGUAUUGAUAAUGUGUUUAAUAUUUGCAUUAUUUUGUUGCUGGUUUCUAUUCAAUGAAGUGCAAUGCUUUUUGUCAGUAAAUUUAAAAUUGUAAGCUGAAGUAUUUAAAUCAAUAAGGGUAUGUGAUUGCAUAUCAGCAGUUUUAUCAAUCUUUUUUGUAGUCCUUUAUGUAACACUGAAUCAGGCUUGGUUUAUAUCUAAUCUAAUUACAUUUUGCAUAUCUGGAUCUCUAUUUAGAUUAUUUAAGGUCACUAGUUUAAGAGGAGUCGCAAUAUUAUAUGGAUUUAUCAUUAUUUUUGAUUGCGUAUAUUAUUUCGUAUUUUUGACAAGAGUAUUCCAUGUCAAUUAUGAAAUUAUUGUUUUGCAAGUAUUAAUAGUUUAUUAUUGAUAAAGUACUCUAAUUAUCCAGUUCUUUUUCAGGUUCCAUAAUUUAGAUACAAUUUAAAUAAAGUCUGCGUUUGGCUAUCAUUGAUGGAUCUAGUGGUCCCAGGGAUCUCCAUAUCUUAUUUGUAUAGAUUCGAUAGAAACAGGAAUUCUAGAGUUUAUUUUAUAAUAGGAUUGCUUGGUCUCUUUUUUGGAAUAAUCUGUUGGUUAAUAGGAACAUUAACCUCUUAAAAGUAUUAAAUCUAACUUCCUCAAUCAAUAUUUGUGUACCCCUUGAUCAUAUUGUUCACAUGUCUUUGGGCAAUUAGAUAAAAUGAUCUAAGAACAAUUUGGUAUGGAUUAUUCUAUGAUAAAUAUGUAAAAUUAUAGAGUUUAUAUAGUUAAUGGACAAUUUCACAGUUGAAUAUAAUCCCGAACAAUCAAAAAAUGAGCUUGAAAACUCAGCUUUUAAAUAAGAACAAAUGACUAUUUUAUUGAAAGGUCUCAGGCUGGAAUCUCAGCUUUGA